UUGUAUUAUUAGUUUUUGAUGGUUUUGUUUUGGUUGCCAUGACCGUGGCGGGACGCUGUUGCUGACUUCAUUGGCUUCGCUCGCAGCAUCGCUCUCUGGGCCGCUGGAGGAAGCGCGUAACAAUGGCCUUUAAAUGACCCAGCGCGGAACGUUGCAAGUCGGCUAAAAUGCAAGCGUUAGGCCUUUUCUGAGAGCACGGCGGCUGCAAGACAGCCAGACCGAACGCUACUACGACGCUUAACAACUCGCAACUGUAUCUCGCUGCUCGAGGGAGGAGGCAACCACUGACCAUCAACGAUGCCGAGCACUGAUCUGCGCCACUCCCCGUGUCCAUCUGAGGGAGAAAUCGGCUUCGCGACGCUGCCGGAGCAAGUGCACAGGAAAUCCGUCAAGCGGGGAUUUGAUUUCACCCUGAUGGUCGUAGGCGAAUCCGGCCUAGGAAAGUCAACGCUCAUAAACAGCCUGUUUCUCACCGACUUGUACGAAGAUCGCAAGAUCCCCAACGCCGAAGUUGAACCAAUCCACAUCUCUGGGGCAGCUCACCUCUCCCAUGAAAAGAUUGACAGAACAGUCCAGAUCGAGCGAAAAACUAUGGAGAUAGAGGAAAAGGGAGUCCGGCUACGGCUGACUGUGGUGGACACACCAGGGUUUGGCGACUCUGUAAACUGCGAGGAGAGUUGGAGGUCCAUUGAUCGGUACAUUGAUGAACAGUUCAACCAGUUCUUCAAGGAUGAGAGUGGUCUCAAUCGCAAGAACAUUGUGGACAACAGGGUUCACUGCUGCUUGUACUUCAUCCCACCAUGGGGACAUGGGUUGAGGCAGCUGGACAUUGAGUUCAUGAAGCGGCUUCACCAGAAGGUCAACAUUGUGCCCGUCAUUGCCAAGGCUGACACAUUGACCCCCAUCGAAGUUCGACAGAUGAAGGACCGAAUCUUACGGGAACUUGAAGAGCAUCAAGUGACUGUCUACCAGUUGCCAGAGUGUGACAGCGACGAGGACGACGAUAUCAAGCUGCAGGACAGAGAACUGAAGGAGAGCAUCCCGUUUGCGGUAAUCUCGAGUACCCAGGUGGUGGACAUCAACGGUCGGCGAGUCCGCGGUCGACUCUACCCUUGGGGGAUCGUCGAAGUGGAGAACCCGAAGCAUAGCGACUUCCUCAAGUUGCGGACUUUCCUUAUUAGAAUAAUCCUUGGUCUCUUCAGCACACACAUGCAAGACCUGAAGGAAGUGACCCGUGAUGUACACUACGAGAACUAUCGUGCCCAGUACAUCCAGAAGAUUUCUCAACAAGCGGCCCGCGAAAGGGGGAAGCAAGGCAGAGAUUCGGUGACAACCACAUACGACGGAAUAUCAGAAGCUGACCGCCUGCUCCAGAUGAAAGAUGAAGAAAUCCGGCGCAUGCAGGAGAUGCUGUCACAGAUGCAGGAGAAACUCCGCCAGACGAGCCGGGACACCACUCCCGAAGCGUCGACUCCGGACUUGGAUGCCCGGAGGGAUGGCGACAGUGUCGUGAACCUCUGAGGAGUCGCAGAAGCGUUGCAGGAAGGAUGCCGCUGACUCGCCGACGUCUCCCCUUUUCCAGCUGUAACACGCGCACCACCUGGUGCUGCACAGCACAGGUUGUGCAAUUAGGGGGUCCAGUCACUUUUAUUCAUGAGAAGAACACAAACCUCUCCUUUCCAACGGCAUCUAAGCGUUGCUCUCACAGUGUCCUAUGCAGUGCUGACAUUUUCCUGCAGUUGGCAGGGCUAUGCUUUUUGUCUGUUCGGAAACACACUGACAUACUUAGUCUUCAUGCCACACUUGGUUUGGUCAGUCAUAUGCACUUAAAGAAACCGGAGGUGCUCGUUUAUAUUAUUGACCCUUGCGCACUUUUCUGAAAUCAAAGGGCUUUCAUCCCUGCAGCUUUAUUCUCUGUGGACAACCUUUGGGGAUUCAGCAACCAGUAAAGCUCGAUUAUGUGAGCAAAUCCAAAAAGUUGGAGUUCAAAGAAAUUGGGUGGCUACUAUAUCACCUAGUGCACAUUCGUUGGCUAGACGCUUUACAUCAAGGAGAUCUCUCAUGGUACUGGUGAGGUGUCGUGCUGGGUAACAGGAAGUUGAAUGUACUACCUAAAGUCAUAGAAAACACACCCACACUGGUCGUUCACCAACAGUUUUGUCUGUUUGGUGAAUUCAAUGCACUUGUAUGGAUCUGGAACACUUGUUUAUAAGUUGUCCCACAUCAAGGCUUUCUUCAACAUCGUUGAAUGGUAGCAUGCUUUAGUGUGUGAAAUCAUGGGAAGAUAUGGCCUUACAAUUGCCAUUUCAUAAGCACCCAUUUUUUUUAAAGUCAUGUUGUUUUGUUGCUUCAUUUGUAGCAUCAUGUGCACGUCCUUUGACGUUUACAACUUCGCCCCUUUCUUGUUUUGCUAUCUUGAGUCUCAUUCGACACCUCUUGAAAGAGCACUUAGUUUCAUGUAAUGUGUUUUGAAAGUGGACAGACCACCUGCAAGAUACAAACUUGGUGCAAAAUGUCUCACGAGGAAAGCUCUGCAUGGCUUUAAUGACAGUCAAACUUUAAAAAUGGUUGGAAAAUAUAAUGAUAGCAAAAUUAGCGUCUUCAGUAUUUUAGUUAUUUUCUUGCUAUAAUCGUACUGCAAGGCACUGAACAUUUCGUGCUUGUGAUGCAUGUGAGGUUAAUUUUUUUUCCUUCUUUUACGUUAUUACAAUUGUGUUCAAGUAGAAAUAUCACAAUUUGUUCCAUUAUUUGUUGUCCUUUUUUUUAUAACACUCACCCUCACAGUCACUGUGAGAGCAACACUUCCUAACUCCUCUUGGCGAUUAUACUAGAGGGUCACCCCCAGCCACAUAUAUAUACACAUAAUAUAUGUAUACACUCGCAGAAAUCUGUUAAUUCACAGAUACAUGCCGAGCCUAAUUGCACAUGUGCAUAUUCCUGUUUAUCCAUUGUCAACAUAAUUUAUUUUUUACUUUUCCUGGAGGUGCCAGUGAUAGCAUUGUCAUCUUCCUCCAAAAUAAUUAGCUUUAAUUUUUGGCAGCUGCUCGUGAAAGUCUUUUUGUGUGGGUUACGUACGGAAUUACUCUAUCAGGAUGGGGGACCACACUUUUGCAACAAUCCAUUUCACUUUCUAUUCUUCUUGCUCUUUGUCAUUGUGUCUGACGCUGUCAUUAUGGCCAUGAUUAGCCAUUUGACUCAACAAAUUAUAAGAAAAGAAUAAGGAAUGCUAAAUGGAAUGCAUCGUUAGAAAAUAAAGGGCCUUGGCUUGGAAUUAUUUUGCUGCAAGAGUUCAGGCAAACGGUCUGCCUUGCUCCACUUUUACACGAGGACAAAGGUGUAAUUAAAGGCCAGUCUGUUUUGCUUCAUCGCAAUACUCACGAUGGCAAGAACGCACCCAAUAAGGCAGGAAUGUGAUAACCAAAGAUUGACAACUGCUUUUUUGUGCACUGUAUGACUAAACCAAAGACAUGCAUUACGUGCUCGCUUCUCUGUCUCGAGAAUGCACAUUUGUGCUCGGCAAGCUUUGUUUGCAGCUGGUAUAUAUGCUUAGUUAGUCCAGCUAGUCAACAGACUGGGCAGUUUUCUGUUUUGUUUUUUGUCUCGCUCCCAAAGAAACAGCAGCUAUCAGAUGCCGCUUAUUAUUUAGCUGGUGCCUAAUUUAUUUACACCUAUUUAUAAUAUAAUCUAUAUUUAUACAAACACCUGUGCAUGGGUGGACAUUCCAGAGUUGACCAUAUUUAUUUUGCCACCACUUCCUAUCGCCCAUAUUUGCACUGUUAUGAUGUCAAAGUGCGAAAUCUUGUAUUCCAGUGAAAUUCCCUCUUUUUAUUUGUUCUGUUUCUCUGUAAUUUCUUUUUCUUAGCUGUCUCAGGGUUUUUGUCGAUCUGUACGCGAUCAUGACUGUGUUGUGUGUCACUCUGUCUAAACAAAAACAAAGCAGAUGGGGGAGGGAAAGAUUCAUUGCAAGUCACAAUAAAUACUGAAUGUCUACUGCA